UACACACUGCCACACUGUACUACACGUGGGUGGUGUGGCGCAGCUAAUAAAAAUGAGACCACACCCUUUUGUUAUUUUUAUUAAUUACCAUGCUGCUGCAACCAUGUUGGAGGUGUGGCAGUUGAAAUAAUGGAAGAAGAAAAUGAAGAAAUAGAAGAAGAGGAAGAGCCUCUUUAUGUAGGCCAGAGAGAUGCAGAAGGUAAUCCCAAUGGUCGUGGGACAUUGAAAUGGUUGAAGUCAAGCAGGAGAUUCGAGGGUCGGUUCUGUAGUGGAAUGAAACAAGGACGGGGCUGUUUUUACUUUAAAGAUGGUAGCAGUCUAUCAGGGACAUUCAGAUCAGAUGAACUACACGGUGAGGGAACUUACACUUACCCAGAUGGAAGACUAAUGAUAGCACAAUACGUCAAUGGAGAGUUGGACGGUCCAUUUACAGAGUACAGCGAAACUGGGGACGUCAUGGCCAAAGGCGAGCACAGGGAAGAUAGACGCUUCGGCUUCUUGCAAAUAUUUGAUGAAUAUGGCGGGAUUUUGAUGGGAGAAGUGAACAGAGACACAGGAGAGCUGACUGGUCCUGGAAUAGCAUACGUAUAUCCAGACAAACGCUCGGCAUUAUUGGGUCGGUUUAGCAACAGUGAUAUGGUGUGUGCAAGGCCAGCUUUAUUGCUAACAAGCGUAGAUCAGACCCCAGCAAAGUAUGCACUGGACGAAAACUGGAGCAAGACUACACUCAAACUAGACGAGUCCACUAGCACUUGUAUUAGCUGCAAUCCUUUAACACCUGAUGCUUAUGAGCAGAGUAAAGUAUAUGUGUCAACUUGCAGCGACAAUCCCGAUAAAGGAGAGGGUCUCUUUGCUAAAACUGAACUAGCUGAAGGAGAAACAGUCUCAUUUUAUAAUGGGCUAAGACUCACGCACGAUGAGGUAGACUCAAGGGACUGGUCGCUCAACGCAAAUACAAUAACUUUAGAUGAAAGUAUGGUCCUUGACGUCCCUCUCAAAUACUCAUCUCUUGAUGCUUACGUUGCCAGCCUUGGACACAAAGCUAAUCAUUCAAGUGCUCCAAAUUGCGAGUAUGAUCAUUUUGUGCAUCCUCGAUUCGGACAUAUAAAGUGCAUACGAACUAUAAAAGAGGUUUCCAAAGGAAACGAGUUGACCUGUGAUUACGGAUACUCCCACAAGCUACCAGAAACUGAUGAAGAGGAUUUGCCAGAAUGGUACAUGACUGAAUCAUAACUAACAUUAAUUGCUAAAAAAAUCCUUAAAAAGAGUCUCCAAUU